AUGAGCCAAAUCUGGUCCAACCGGGACUGCCAGAUCGACCAGCAUCACCGCAACCAAUGCCAGUAUUGCCGGCUGAAGAAGUGCUUCCGUGUCGGCAUGAGGAAGGAAGCCGUCCAGAGGGGCCGGAUCCCGCCCAGCCACGCCAGCGCCAGCCCCAACGCGGCGCAGAGCGGCGACUACUACAACGGACAGCCGGUCUCGGAGCUGAUCUCGCAGCUGCUGCGGGCCGAGCCCUACCCCAGCGCCCGCCUCAGCUCCCAGUACGCCCAGCAGCAGGGCAGCGUGAUGGGCAUCGACAACAUCUGCGAGCUGGCCGCCCGGCUGCUCUUCAGCACGGUGGAGUGGGCCCGCAACAUCCCCUUCUUCCCGGAGCUGCCCGUCUCGGACCAGGUGGCCCUGCUGCGCCUCAGCUGGAGCGAGCUCUUCGUGCUCAACGCCGCCCAGUCCGCCCUGCCCCUCCACAUGGCGCCCCUGCUGGCCGCCGCCGGCUUCCACGCCGCCCCCAUGUCGGCCGAGCGGGUGGUCUCCUUCAUGGACCAGAUCCGCAUCUUCCAGGACCAGGUGGAGAAGCUCAGCCGGCUGCAGGUGGACUCGGCCGAGUUCAGCUGCCUCAAGGCCAUCGCCCUCUUCAGCCCAGACGCCUGCGGCCUCUCGGACUCGGCGCACGUGGAGAGCCUCCAGGAGAAGGCGCAGGUGGCCCUGACGGAGUACGUCCGCUCCCAGUACCCCUCCCAGCCCCAGCGCUUCGGCCGGCUGCUCCUGCGCCUCCCUGCGCUGCGGGCCGUCCCGGCCUCGCUCAUCUCGCAGCUCUUCUUCAUGCGCCUGGUGGGCAAGACGCCCAUUGAGACCCUCAUCCGGGACAUGCUGCUGUCCGGCAGCAGCUUCAACUGGCCCUACGGGACGGGGCAGUGA